GUGAGUGGGUCGUUCAUUCCUGUGUGGGCAGCACAAACACGGCGGUGUUUUCACGUCCACACAAACAAACAAGCGUAUAUACUCAUACACAAACUAGUGCUGAACGUCACCACCAGUAGGCUACAAGGCCCGUCCUUCUUUGACGGGGUUGUUUACAAAUGGCUUCUUUUAAUUGCAAAUUAGGUUUAAAAACUCCGACGUCCCCUUAAUACGGGAUGAUAAAACAAAAGGUGUUGCUGCGCAAACCGAUCGGCGUUUGACAUCAAAAUAUCGAGAGCCCCGCUCUCGCGAUACUUGAUAUCACCCAUCGAUCGGUCUGCGCAGCGCCACAUUAAGACCAGCACACUACAUUCCUUUCGCCGCAUUUAAUUGGGGGGGCAUACGGAACUUGUAGUUUUUUUAAUGUAAGGGGAAGAGGCAACUGUCUCCAUAACGAAUUCAACACCCACAAUCCUCCGCGAUCUCCGCGGCGCGCAUGCGCGGAGCCGUAAACAGGAGCUGUCCUCGUCUGGUGGUGCUGCUCUGAUUUCAUUGAUCGGCUGUACGCGCGAGAGGGUUUAUGUACGCGAUGGAAGAAGAACUUAAAUGUCCGGUUUGCGGUUCUUUCUUCAAGGAGCCCGUUAUUCUACCGUGCUCUCAUAAUGUCUGCCUGGCGUGCGCCCGAAACAUCAUCGUGCAGACCCCGGAGGGCGAGACCCCUCCUCAGAACCGAAGCUCCGGCAUCUCGGACUACGACUACCUGGAUUUGGAUAAAAUGAGCAUGUACAGCGAGACGGACAGCGGCUACGGCUCUUACGGCGGGUUCGUGAGCGCACCAACCACUCCGUGCCAAAAGUCCCCCAACGGCGUGCGCGUUUUUCCUCCUUCCAUGCCUCCGCCUCCCCAAGCGCAACACCACCUGCUGCCCCACACCGGCGUCCUCCCGCCGGUUCCGCGCAACUCCUGCCUCACCUGCCCGCAAUGCCACCGCAGCCUGACGCUGGACGACCGAGGACUCCGAGGCUUCCCCAAGAACCGUGUGCUGGAGGGGGUGGUGGACCGGUAUCAGCAAAGCAAAGCGGCCGCGCUCAAGUGUCAGCUGUGCGAGAAGAACCCCCGCGAGGCGACUGUCAUGUGCGAGCAGUGCGAUGUGUUCUACUGCGAUCCGUGCCGUCUUCGGUGUCACCCGCCCCGGGGUCCGCUAGCCAAGCAUCGGCUUGUUCCGCCGGCGCAGGGAAGGAUCAGCCGCCGCGCGAGCCCCCGGAAAAUUUCCACCUGCACCGAGCACGAGCUGGAGAAUCUGAGUAUGUACUGCGUACAGUGUAAGACCCCCGUGUGCUACCAGUGUCUGGAGGAGGGCAGACACGCCAAACACGACGCGAAGCACCUGGCCGUCACGUGGAAACAGCACAAGUGUCAGCUGUCCCAGGCGCUGAAUGGAGUGUCUGACAAAGCCAAGGACGCCAAAGAGUUCCUAGUGCAACUGAAGAACCUGCUACAGCAGAUACAGGAGAACGGGGUUGAGUUUGAGGCAUGUCUGGUGGCUCAGUGUGAUUCGUUGAUUGAAGCUCUGACUCGGCAGAAGGCCAAACUCCUCACCAAGGUCACCAAGGAGAAAGAGAGCAAACUGAAGACUGUGAAGGAUCAGAUAACCCACUGCACCAUGAAGCUCCGGCAGACCACAGGAAUGAUGGAAUUCUGUCUUGAGGUUAUUAAAGAGAAUGAUCCAAGCGGAUUCCUACAGAUCUCAGAUGCGUUGAUAAAGCGUGUCCAGGGCUCUCAGGAGCAGUGGGUGAAAGGUGCGCUGGAGCCGAAGGUCUGCCCGGAAUUUGCCUUGAGUGUCAACACAGACCCCCUGAUGCAGACCAUCCUCCAACUGGACUUCACUCAGAGUAAAGAGACCCCCACGGUUCCCCCUGCCCCGCUGCUGCAGUUGGAAAAAUGUUGCACGCGGAACAACAGCGCCACCCUGGCUUGGAGGAUAACAACAGUCCAGGCCCUGUCGGUGGAAGGUUACGUGCUGGAGCUAGAUGACGGCAACGGCGGACCUUACCGGGAGGUAUAUGUGGGUAAAGAGACUGUCUGUACGGUCGACGGCCUUCAUUUCAACAGCUUGUACAAUGCUCGCGUCAAAGCGUAUAACUCUGCCGGCGUGGGAUCUUACAGCAAAGUAGUAGUUCUGAAGACAUCUGACGUGGCGUGGUUCACCUUCGACCCCACAUCGGCUCACAGAGACAUCGUUCUGUCCAAUGAAAACCAGACGGUGACGUGUAACAGUUACGAUGAUCGGGUGGUACUCGGCACGGCUGCCUUCUCCAAGGGUGUGCAUUACUGGGAACUCAGCGUGGAUCGCUACGACAACCACCCUGACCCUGCGUUCGGCGUGGCACGGAUUAAUACGAUGAAGGACAUGAUGCUGGGAAAGGAUGACAAGGCCUGGGCCAUGUAUGUGGACAACAAUCGCUCCUGGUUCAUGCACAACAACUCCCACACCAACAGGGCUGAGGGUGGCAUCACUAAAGGUUCGAGCGUAGGGAUUCUGUUAGACCUGACCAAACACACGUUGACCUUCUUCAUCAACAAACAGCAGCACGGACCCGUGGCUUUCGAGAAUCUGGAGGGCGUGUUCAUGCCUGCAGUCAGUAUUAACCGCAACGUUCAGGUGACUCUGAUCACAGGUCUGGAGCUCCCAAAGAACAUCAUGUGAUCAUCUCUGACCAAUCAGAACGAGCGAGACCUUCUGCAUCAAACAGCACAGUAAAUGUUCUCCAGCGCU